CGGCGACCGAGAGUGCGGAGCGCCCGGCGUGCGCUCGGACCGGCCAGAGGAACCCCGCGGGCCUGUCCGCCUCAAAAUCCAACAUGAAAAUUCUCAUAGCCUUGGCAGUCUUUUUUCUCGUCUCCACUCAAUUGUUUGCAGAAGAAAUCGGAGCCAACGAUGAUCUGAAUUAUUGGUCUGACUGGUCCGACAGCGACCAGAUCAAGGAGGAGCUGCCCGAGCCCUUUGAGCAUCUUCUGCAGAGAAUCGCCCGGAAACCCAAGGCUCAGCAGUUCUACGGAUUAAUGGGCAAACGGGAUGCUGAUUCCUCAGUUGAAAAACAAGUGGCCCUGUUAAAGGCUCUUUAUGGACAUGGCCCGAUCUCUCAUAAAAGGCAUAAAACAGAUUCCUUUGUUGGACUAAUGGGCAAAAGAGCUUUAAAUCCUGUGGCUUAUGAAAGGAGUGCAAUGCAGAAUUAUGAAAGAAGACGUAAAUAAACUACCUAAUAUAUUAUUUAUUGAGCUUCAUUUGUGUCAAUGGCCCAUGAAAAGUAAAAUGAGACAUGCACUAUGAGGAGUAAUUAUUUAUUUAAUAAUAAUUGUUGUUUUGAGUUGAAAACUCAGUGUUUAUUUUUUCAUAUUGUGCCAAUAUGUGUUGUAAAGGUGUAUUAUAAUUCUAAUAUGCUGACUCCCUCAGAAGUAGAAAUCAGUGAUAAUUUCUCAACAAAGCACAGUGUUCAAUGAAAUUAUAAAAACCUGUCAAUGAUACAGACUCCAAAGGAAGAAAUCCUUUUUGUUGCUUGGGAGCAGCCACGUCAGCUACUGCUCAAGGAGAGGAAACUCACGGGCUUGUUCUUUUCCAUGUAUUUUCUUGGUGAAAAUGUGCUGCGAUUUGGUAUCAAACUGUAUUGGUGUCCCUGAAGCAUGUUUCAUGUUUUGUGACUAUAUAGAGAUGUUUUAAAAGUUUUAAUGUGAUUCUAAGGUCUUCAUUUAUUGUAUAAUGUGUUGUGAUAUUUAACAUUUUAAAUAAAAGAAAAAAUAUCUUGAGAA